AUGAGACAAAGAAAGAGUGCAAAGAGUAUACUUUUACAUUGGCAUACUAUAUUUAAACAUUUUAUAAAUUCAUCAGGCAAGAAUAUGUCAGACAAUAAAAAUUCAACAUUAUCACACAGUGAAGCCAAAUCAAAAGAAGAGUUUGGUUUAACUGGAGCAACAACUGGAUCAAGUGGAGAACAUUUAGCAACAACUGGAGGUAGUGCAAUGGGUACUAGUGGAGCUAGUGGUGAUAUGGGAAAUGAAAAAUCCAAAAUUGACAGAUCAACUGAUGGUAUAGGGCCUUCAGCAACAACAACAGCAUCAUCAUCAACAGUUGCUAAUGAUCAAGGAACACGUUAG